AACCUUUGACCAAUUCUGCUGACCUGGACUCCUGGGCAAGCAGCUGGACUAACAGACAGACACCAUGAGGACUCUGCUGUUUCUGGGGUCCCUGCUGGGAAGCCUGGAGUCAGCGCUUUUGAUUCCACCUUGGAAAGCCCCCAAGGAGCAUAAGCACAGAAAGGAUGAGCACACAGUGGUUCUCACGGUCACUGGGGAACCCUGCUACUUCCCCUUCCAGUACAACCGGCAGCUGUACCAUAAAUGUAUCCACAGGGGCCGGCCCGGCCCCCGGCCCUGGUGUGCUACCACCCCCAACUUCGAGCAGGACCAGCAAUGGGGAUACUGCCUGGAGCCCAAGAAAGUGCAAGACCACUGCAGCAAACACAGCCCCUGCCAGAAGGGAGGGACCUGUGUGAACAUGCCACAUGGCCCACACUGUAUCUGUCCAGAACACUUCACUGGGAAGCACUGCGAGAGAGAGAAGUGUUUUGAGCCUCAGCUUCUUCAGUUCUUCCACGAGAAAGAAAUAUGGCAUAGGCUCGAGCCAGCAGGUGUGGCCAAGUGCCAGUGCAAGGGUCCUGAGGCCCACUGCAAGCUGCUGGCCACCCAGGUCUGCCGCACCAACCCCUGCCUCAACGGGGGCAGCUGCUUAGAAGCGGAGGGCCACCUACUGUGCCGUUGCCCGGCUGGCUACGCUGGACGCAUGUGCGACGUGGACACUGAGGCGCACUGCUACGAAGGCCGCGGGCAGGACUACCGCGGUAGAGCCGCGACUGCGCUCUCGGGUGCCCGGUGUCGACCGUGGGUCUCCGAGGCCACCUAUCAGAAAGUGACUGCAGAGCAAGAGCUUAACUGGGGAUUGGGCAACCAUGCCUUCUGCCGGUGCUCUGGAUGGGGCGGGAACCCGGACAAUGACACCCGCCCGUGGUGCUUCGUGUGGAGUGGCGACCGGCUGAGCUGGGAAUAUUGCCGCCUGGCACGGUGCCGGGCCCCAAACCUGGCGGCUCCUCAGAACCUGUCUCCAAGCCGGGUUCCCUCUGGGCACCCGGACCUUCCCUUGCCCUCGCUUUUGGCACUGCAGAAGCCUCAGCCCCCGACCCCAGCCUCGGGCGCCACGCCGGAGCAGCCCAUUUCUGUGCCCAGUUCGGGCUGCGGACAGCGGCUCCGGAAACGGCUGUCCUCUCUGAGCCGCGUCGUCGGGGGCCUAGUGGCCCUGCCUGGGGCGCACCCCUACAUCGCCGCGCUGUACUGGCGCCACAAUUUCUGCGCGGGAAGCCUCAUCGCCUCCUGCUGGGUGCUGACGGCAGCUCACUGCCUGCAGAACCGGCCGGCGCCUGAGGAGCUGACGGUGGUGCUCGGCCAGGACCGCCAUAACCAGAGCUGCGAGCAGUGCCAGACGCUGGCCGUGCGCGCGUACAGCCUGCACGAGGCCUUCUCGCCCAUCACCUACCAGCACGACCUGGCGCUGCUGCGCCUGCAGGAGACAGCGGACGGCCACUGCGCGCUCCCAUCGCCUUUCGUUCAGCCGGUGUGCCUGCCGAGCGGCGCUGCCAGCCCAGCCGAGCCCGAGGCCGCGCUCUGCGAGGUGGCCGGCUGGGGCCACCAGUUCGAGGGGGCGGGGGAAUAUUCCAGUUUCCUGCAGGAAGCGCAGGUGCCGCUCAUCCCUUCGGAGCGCUGCUCCGCCCCUGAAGUGCACGGAGCCUCUUUUACCCCCGGCAUGCUCUGCGCUGGCUUCCUCGAGGGCGGCACCGACGCCUGCCAGGGUGAUUCUGGGGGCCCGCUAGUGUGUGAGGACGAUGCCACAGAGAGCCAGCUCAUCCUGCGAGGUAUCAUCAGCUGGGGUUCGGGUUGUGGCGACCGCUACAAGCCAGGUGUGUACACCGACGUGGCCAGCUACCUGACCUGGAUCCAGGAGCACAUCAACUCCUGAGAUUCGUCCAGGGACUCAUCGUUCCCUCCUGAGCAAUUCUGGAACGGAAGGGUGGCUGGCCCAUGAUUAUGGAUGGCAGGGAUUGUGUUCCAUUCCUCUUAGCCCCAGGCCUGGAGUAGGCACUCAAUAAAGUACUUUUGAAAAUG